AUGGGGUUACGUCCUUAUGUAGAGCCAUCGUGGCUGCAGGACCUCAUCGGCCCGUUGCUGUCCGUAUUGGUAUUCGCCUUGUCACCAGUCAUCUGGGUGGCCGUCAUCAUCAUUUCCAUAAUCCAGAUAGUGUUGGACCUCAUUCGCAGAGAGCCCAAUGCUUUUAGAACUGUCCGCUCGGGUGCGCAGAUUUGCGCAUGGCCCGUCUUACUGCCGUUCACCACAACAGCGGACGCCUCCCGCCGAUUCGUUUACCGGGCGUCCAACCUUGCAUGCGAGAUCAGAAAACAUAGAUCAACAGAACCUCAGCUCCAUCCAGAUCGUAAGAAGCAGGACCCGCCACCGAGGAGCCAUCCCAUUUUCAGCUUAAGAGAUGACUCGAACGAGAUCAGGCCUUACAACUAUCCAAAAUGGAGGGGCGACCACGAUAUCAGGUUAUUUGAAAUUUACCCUGACGGAGGUUCCGGCUAUUAUGACGAUCACUUUGGCAUGGUCCAGGGGCGCAUCAUUCACUCAAACUUAUUGUGGGGCCCUAGCUACGAUGCCAUAUCGUACACAUGGGCAGAUGAGAAGGGCGAUUCAGCAGCGACGGAGAAAGUCUACAUAAUUAACGAGCGGUCGCAAAGCUACGUGACCAGAAACUGCGUCAGGGUCCUCAGACAGCUGCGACACCAAAAGAAGCGCCGGCUGGUCUGGAUCGACGCGAUAUGUAUAGACCAGCACAGUGAUGUCGACCGGACUCAUCAGGUCUCUCUCAUGAGCAGGAUAUACAUGUCUGCCAACAAGGUUAUCGCAUACACUGGAGAGGCGACACGGGAGAGCGACAGGCUUUUCAACUGGAUGAACAGCGUCCAUCCAAAGGAUCUCGUAUUACCCACAAACUCGGGUUGGGCCGACCUGUUGGACACUGAGGGCCGAGCAUGGGCCCCCGACAGAGGGCAGCUCGUUGCAGGGCUCGAAAAUUUCUGGUAUCGAUUGGGCGUCCUGAGCCACAACGUAUCUUUUCGUUGUAGUCAAUUGUGGUCUGUUCUGUUUGGCAGUGGGCCCGGACAGGCACCGGAUGGCCAUGCCGCAUCCCUCCCAGACCAGCAAGUCCUGGACGCUGCAACUGAGUACUUCUCACGCCGAUGGUUUCAGCGGGUCUGGGUCUUGCAGGAGGUAUCGCUACCAGACGUUCGCAGCAUCGUCAUCAUGUGCGGCUCAAAGUCAACGUCCGCCAUGAGGGCAUUACAUUCACUCUCCUUGCUUCCCAGCGAUAGCCUUGGUGCCUUGACUCUCGGACCCUUCUACCUUAUGCUGCGCAAGAAGAUCAUGCGCCCUGAAAAGUCUCAUCUUCUUGACGUCCUCAUCGAAACGCGCGACAGGCAUUGUUCCGAACCCCGGGACAAGAUCUUUGGAGUUAUUAGUAUCGCCAGGGGGCUCGAGGAGGGCAGGUUUCCCGAGCUUGUUGCCAACUACGGUCUGAGUACGGCUCAAGUGUACGCCAGGUACUCGAAGUUCUUUAUAGAGCAGCACGGACUAGCAUUCUUUUGGUCCUUGAUCAAGUCCUCACCCGUGGUCCCGAAUCUUCCAUCUUGGUCUGCGGACUGGAGUGUUCCAUGGCCCAAUUACAAAGCCGUGCGCGGGAGACAUCUUCCGGCUACAUCGCGCAAGAUCGACCGGCUGGAUCCGUCUUCGAGGAGGUUGGCGAUCUCCAGGAGGGACAUCAUCUCGUCGAGCUGUGUCCCGGAGUAUGCGCGCUAUUGCGAGAAAGCGGGGCCCAUUAUGAAUUCAUCCAAGUUCGUCCGCAUCAUUCCGAAGUGGAUGGGCUACAUCAAGUUAUUGAUGCUUGGACUGAGUAUGUGGUGGACGGCAAGACCUUAG